AUGGCUCCUAACUUGAAGAGACCCGACCAAAUAGUGAGAUACGUCCACACUCCUGCUGAAACCAGAAAUGCAGCCUCCAAUUUUGUUUCGCAGAACAUCCCAAUGGCUGCUAUGUUCUUGAGAAACAAGCCGCUAGCCUGGGCUUCGUUGUUCCUAUCUGUUCAGAAUUACCUUAACGAGCCCACACACAAGGCCAAGGACGAGGCCAUGCCCCCAUUCUUCAAGCUGCUGAUGGGUGCUUUGGCAGUCUUGACUACCUACAUGGACUUUAUUUUCCCACCAGUCGCUCCAGCAGCUAGACAGGCUGCUGCUGCCGCUGCCUCAGCUACUGGAUCUGCUUAG